AUGACCGAUAAAUACCCAUCAAGAAGACAGAAUCAACAAAGAAGACGGCGCGCAAACAGAGCAUAUCGAAGACGUCUCCGAUUCUUUAUUAAUCAAGACAUAUUAGAUCGAGUUGAGAAUCUUCCUCCGCAAGUUGUGGACGACCCUUCAUUAGAUCAAUUCUUUAAUGGAUUUUCUUUCCCUUAA